AUGUCGUUAGCUGGCUAUUUUUUUGGUAACGUCGACGAACAAGGUCGACUUGAAAGUGAUCUAGACGAUGAAUUGAAAGAAACGUUAUCUAGCGUUGAUGCAAGCGUGAUGUCGAGGAUUUUUACCGAAGGUACUUUUGGCUUGGAAUCAGCACGUCCUAAAAGCGCCUCUGCAGACGAAGAUCAAGACGAAGAAGACGAAGAAGACGAAGACGAUGCAUCGAGUGCACUUGGCAGUAGCCGCAUACCCAACAUACCUACCCACCAUGCGAAGGACGCCGUUGAUUAUUCUGAUUUUGACGAAACUGUUCCUGACGACCAACAACAACAACAGUCAAUACUGUCAGAAAAAUAUUUCAGACGUGGUAUGGGUAUUUUACAACAACAGCAGAAAAGUCUGCCAAGAUCUAGACUAUCACUCGUGACAGAUAACUAUGAUGACGAUGAAGAAGCGGAGGAGAUCAGCACACAGCAAGCUGAAGCUUCGCGUACAGCAAUGGUUGAAAAAGAGAUGCAAUUGGAUCGACCAAUAAAACAGGAAGGGACAACAGACACAAUCAUGGCUGCUGCACCUGCGUUGUCAGACUCACAGUCCAUGGAGCCAACAGAUAAGAAAGGAGUAGACAUUCAAGACUUAUUCCCAGGUUUUGAGAAAUGUAAAAUUCUAAAGUUCUCCGAGUUAUUCAUGCCGAAUAUACAAAGGCCACCAAAGCUAACACCUCAUAAGAGAAUCAUUUUUGGUGAUGGAUACGAAUAUGAAAUGGAACGUGAUGAACGAGCAGCAUUUUUGAGAGCGAGUAAAUUUGAUAGAUUCAAAAUUGAAAGGGCAAAGCAGACAAAUAAAAAGAGAAAGAUCGAAACAUUACAUGAAGAGAAUGAGAGUAGUGAGGAAGAAAGCGAAGAUGAGGAAUAUUUAGAUGAUUUAGCGGAAAGGGCAAAAAAAGCAGAAAAGUUACCGCAGAUUAUUGAAGAUGAAAAAUUAUAUCAUUCAGUCGUGCUGGAUAAUUGGGAAGAUGAUAUAGUUUGGGAUGAUGAUAAAAUGGAAGAGGAUAACACAAAUACGAAUGAGAAUAACGAUAAAGUGGUCUUGAAACAUUUGAACAUGAACCUAGAGGAAGGAGAUUGGCUGAAUGCAGUGAUUUGGGAUAGAGAGAAACCACCAGCUGAUUCUUUGAAAAUUGAACUUGAUCUCAACGAUCCCAAUAUGCUAUUUGAUGUAGAAGAAGUUGAAGCGAGUAAAGAACUUCUUAUACAACCUAAACACGUAAAGAAGGGUCGUAAACCUUUGCCAAGGCCACUACCCAAGAUUCAAAUCUACCAUACAGAAACGGAGCCUCACAAUAAGCUACCAUUGAAUCGCUUUAAUUUAUCCAAUGAUAAACAUUAUGAAUCUCAUUUGGCGGGCAGAUUGAUUCGUGUUCGACAAACAUUCGGCCAGUUAGUCGUACAACAUGCGCUACCUGCACUGAAAUUACAUCCUGCAUUAUAUAAGACAAAAUUAUCCAAACAAGAGUUACGGUCCUUCCACCGACCGUUAUUACAAUUGCCUACCAAUACAGAUAUUACCUUCUCACGAUUGAAAGCUAGCAAAAAGAGCAGAAGAAGAGAUAAGAAGAAGAAUAAUGUUGAGGAAAUCCGCAAUACUAAGGAAUUGACAAUGAAAGAUAGUUCACCAUUUGUUCUCUUUGAAUAUUCUGAAGAAAAUCCACCCAUCAUAUCCAAUGUGGGUAUGGGUACACUUGUUAUCAACUAUUAUCGAAAAACCGAGCCCAAAGACGAAUUCGUCCCUAGUGCAGACAUAGGUGAACCCUUUGUGCUGGACAUUGGUGAUACUUCCCCUUUCAUGACAUUCGGUAAUGUAGAGCCUGGACAAACGAUACCUGUGUACUAUAACAAUUUGAUCCGUGCUCCUCUCUUCCGUCACAAUGUUCGCCAUACUGAUUUCUUGUUCAUCAAAAGCACUUAUAAAGAUCAUACACGUUUUUACUUGCGUGAAAUACCCACUAUUUAUACCAUUGGCCAAGUAUAUCCGGUUCAAGAGGUGCCUGGUCCUCAUUCGCGUAAAGUGACAACCACGAUUAAGAACCGGUUACAAGUGGUUGCCUAUCGAUUAAUCAAACGUAAUCCUUUACAUCGAUUGAAAAUGAGCAAGCUGGCGCAGAAGUUUCCUGAAUACUCUGAUAUACAGAUCAGACAGAGGUUGAAGGAGUUCUUAGAGUUUCAUCGCCGCAGUAAAGACGGUGGAGGAGGAUAUUGGAAAACACGAGGCGGCGGUGAUCCACCUAGCGAGGAAGACUUGCGAAAAAUGGUAACACCAGAAAUGGUCUGUCUGUAUGAAAGUAUGCUUGUCGGUGAGCGUCAUUUACAAGAUCUUGGCUAUGGGGAUGUGAAUGAUGACGAUGAAACAGCCGAAGGUGAUUCGAAACUGGAGGUAGAACAACAAUUAGCUCCCUGGUUUUCUACACGUAAUUUCAUCAAUGCUACUCAAGGAAAGGCUAUGUUGAAACUGUACGGUGCGGGUGAUCCCACAGGUCGCGGCGAAGGUUUUAGUUUCAUUCGUGUGUCGAUGAAAGAUAUUUUCUUGCGUGCUGGUGAAUCAGCCGAAGAGAAACUGGCCCAAAUUGAAGCCAGGCCUAAAAGUGCCCACAGAUACAAUGUUGCUGAGCAACAGCAAAUUUAUCGAGAAGAAAUUGCUCGUAUUUGGAAGGCACAGUUGGAGUCACUCAGCAAUAAAGUGGAACCAGAGUUGUCAGACCAUGAAGAAGACGAUGAAGAAGGCAAAGAUAACGAACAAGUUGAUAGCCCGUCAGCGUCUGAGUAUGACUGGAACCAUCGCCCUGGCAUGUCGCCCUCACCCGCUACACCUCAUAGACGAUAUCAACGUGCUACUUCUGAGUUCGAUGAUGAUGACGAUGUUUCUGUCACCGGCAGCAUGAGCUCUAACUAUCAUAUCCAAAAUCAGAACAAAUACCUCAUCAUUAAACGUUUGAUCCGCCAGAAGAACGGCGAAAAGGUUUGGCAACAAGAAGUCAUCCGUGAUCCUGUUGUAAUCAAAGCCUACCUGAGACAGCGACAAAUGAUUGAAGAAGAGGCAACUAGUGCUGAGGCAUUAGAACCCACGGAUGACGAGGAAAAGAAUGCUCGUAUGAAGAAACGUAUUCAAGACCAAUUGGCGAAAUUGAAACGUAAUGCAGAAAGACGCCGACAACGUCAACUUGCUAAACAAGCUGCUCUGGCGGAAAAUCCUGUGCUUGGUCUAAUUAGAGGCAAGAGAGAGGGUGCCAUGCGUCGCUGUGGCAACUGUGGCCAGUUAGGACAUAUGAAGACCAACAAAAAUUGCCCUAAGUUUUACCUCAAUUUUGUCGAUGAAGAUGGUAACCCUAGAACACCAAAUGCACCAAGUACACCAUCCAUUAUUCCUUUGGACCAACAACAGACACACCCGAGCACACCGUCUUCCUCUCUCUCAGGAAACGCACCCAAUAAUAAUAGUACUGAAUUUAAUUCUUAG